AAAAAAUGAAGAUGGAUAAAAUAUCUCUGUCUAGAAUUAACCGUAGAAACAUUUUUGGAGAGAACUUACUGUAUCAGGCUGCUCUGCACAAUGAUGUUGAUCUUAUUCAUCGUUAUAUAACAAAAGGGGGAAAUGUUAAUCAACCAAGUUAUGCCGGUUGGACAGCACUUCACGAAGCUAGUGUAGGAGGAUUUUAUCAGGCAGCAAGUGAACUAUUAAAAGGUGGAGCACAUGUGAAUAUCAAAGGAAUGUACCAGAUCACUCCUCUACAUGAUGCUGUGAUAAAUGGCCAUUAUAAGGUGGCAGAGUUACUUCUUUUGAAUGGAGCUGAUCCGUUACUUAGGAGUGACAAUGGAAAAUGUGCUUUGGAUGAGGCCAAAGAUUCAUGUAUGAAGUGCCUCCUUGAGAAAUAUGUUCCUAAAUAUCAAAAACAUUAUCUUACAUCAGCUCAAAAGAACAGCACUGAUUCAUUAGACAUAGAGGAAGCAAACCAGCACAAGAAACCAAAAUUCAGUUCUAAAAAUCUCAUUGGGUUUGUUCGUGAUGAAAAUUCCAACAGACAGAAGUCAGAACAUGUAGAAGUUGAUAAAGGAAGUAAAGAGGGUUUAUUUAUAAAUAAAGAAGAUGUAUAUGAACAUUACCAAAAAUAUUCCAAAGACACAAAAUUUGGUAAAUUCAAGCAUAAGCAAUCAACUUUUAACGAAAUACACUCUACUAGAAGACUCCGAAAGAAGGGUCUCCAGAAUAUCAAAGGCGUUAAUACAAGUAUGUCUAAAGAUAAAGGAAGAAGAAACACAGGACAGAAAAGAACUCAAGUGGAUGAUCCAAAACAAGAAAUAUGCAUUCCAAGAAAGGCAAGAGCUGUUUCUUCUUCCAGAAGAAUAAACAGAUUAGUUACUGGUCAGCCAGAUACUCUCCAAGCCUUUGAUGACCUUCCAGAAAAGUCACAUAAACUUUUUAGCCCAGCUCUGUCAAGCCUGAAAAAUGGAUUAGGUAACAAUAUUGAGGCUUGUUUAGUUCCAAAAGAGACACAUAUCCAGAGCCUGGAUUUAUCAGAUAAUCAAGAAAUGAAAUUCUUAGGAUCCACUGACCAAGAAGAAGCUGUUCUUUUCUCAAGACUUUCCUUACAGAAAGAAAUCAAGUUACCACUUGUUACUACAGAUCAGCAGCCUCACACUCACCAAGAACAACAGCACAUUAGCCCUUAUAAAUCUCCUGAAAACAGUAACUCAGGUCAAAAAUGUGAGAACCUUAGUAAGUGGGAAAAUUCUUUCGUAUCCUUUAUAAAGAAAAAUUUUAAUAAUGUUAAUGAUGAUGAUUGCUUUCCCUCUGAAAAGACUGUAACAUGUAAAACAGUGGUGUGUUCUACAGGUUGCAAAAACCACUGUAAUUAUAAGGAGAAUGUAACAACUAGAAAAGAAAUGGAUUUUCAACAGUUUGUCCCUUCUGAAGACCAUUUUUCACAGGAAAAUGAGUUAAAAGUAUGCAGUCUAACCAUACAACAGGAAGCUGUUAAUCUUUCUGAUUCAGAUAAUACAAUAGGUCCUGAACAAUGUGUUGCCAUUUAUGAACAAUGCAAAUGUAAAACUUCUUUUGAUCACUCACAUGGCAGUUCUGAGCAUACUUCCCUGGCUUGUCCACGAACAUUUUCAACACAGGAAGCUUCAAAGUUGACUAGUCAUGUGAAGCUAUUCAAAAGGCCUCAAGAUUUUAGCUCCAGAGCACCAACUCCUUUAAUGGAUCAAACAGAUAUUCAUAUUGUGGAAAAAGUAAAUGAGGGAGAAGACCCUAAAAAGAAUUGCAAUGAUGAAAGCCGGGAAACAAGUUCUUCAAAUGGACCUUUAUCCACAGUUGUUAAUUCUCAAGUAAUAGAAACAACUGCAGUAGAAAAAAGGAAACAAGAUCUUCCAAAGAGCAAAACCAUACAUGAUACAGUUUUUUAUUCCACUGACAAUAUCAGUAAGGAAUUGACCAACAUUUCACAACUUAGACAAAAAGAAGAAAAGGAAAUUUCUCAUAAAGCAGAUGAGGAAUUAACUAGUAAUAUCAAUGGAGAUGAAAGCACUAUGAGAAAUGGUGAGAAAGAAGAAAAAACAGAUUCUGAAAUUCACAUGUCUAAUAUCCAAGAAUGCAAAAAAGUUCAGAAUUUCAGAAAAAGACAAAAUUUAUUGAAAGCUACCCGCAGCCAAGAAAUGAAGACAGCUGGGAUCAAUAAGAGGCGUGCCCGAGGGGAGCGCCGGCUUCAUUUGGCUGCCAGAAGAGGAACUUUGUCUCUGGUGAAGGCUCCAAUAGAAUCUGAAGCAGAUGUGAAUCUAAAAGACAAUGCAGGUUGGACACCACUUCAUAAGACAUCUACUAAGAGAUCUCAUGAUAGAAUUGUAGAGUUGUUAAAAGCUGGUGCUAAUGUUAAUUUUGAAAAACUAGAUGGGAUUCUUCCCUUACAUGAUGCUGCUGCCAACAAUCAUUUAAAGGCAGCUGAGAUUCUACUACCACAUGGAGCAAACCCAAAUCAAAAGAAUCAAAAACAGAAAACUGCUUUGGAUGAAGCAGAUAAUGAAAAAAUGAAAGAGCUACUGAUAUCUUUUGGUGCAAUUGAGACUGAUAAUAGAAAUGAAAGUAAUGCUACAGUCACUGGUGCCAAAGUAAAAAUUCAGGGCAAUCAUCAGGCCAUCAGUGCCAUUCUACAAGAUAUAGAAGAAAAACAAGGAAAUUUACUAGAAUUUGAAAUACGAACCCCUGAAGAUGCAGAACAAUGCAUUGAAAAGAUGUUAGAGAUAAAAGAGAUUAUGGAUUAUGUGCUUGCCAAACAGAAGGCAGAAAGGGAUGAUCUGGCUAAAAAAUACAGGGUGUCCAUAGAAUCAUUUAAGCAAGGAGUCCUGAGAGAACAGCUGGCUAACUUGGCCACAAGACAGAAGAGCCUUUUAGUUGUGGCAAAAAAACAGAAAAAAAUUACCCAGAAAAUCCAAAACUAUAAAAACAUUACAUCUUUGUCUGGUCCUAGUUUGAGGAAGCCACCGUCCAGCUCAGCAAUCUCUAGUGAAAAGGACAGCCAAGAUCUUAUCAGUCUGGAAAAUUCAUUGCAGCCCCAGUCAGGUUCACUUUCUCUUGUCAGCCUUACUUGUGGAAGCAUGCAGGAAACACCAUUGUCUCCAGAAACUUGGAAUAGCAGCCCAAAUACCAACACUUGUGUAAAUUCAGAAACAGUGAGAAGGGAAUUUUCUGGAAAUGAGCUGAAUUCUAAGCAAAAUGUCAAUGAUGGUACCUUCGAUGGGUCACCAAAAUCCAGACGUGCAGAUGGCACUAAGAUUAAAUUACCCUCCCAACCUGUUGCUCUUACUGCUCAGAGGGAGUAUUCACAGAGAGGAAAUGAUCUCACAGAGCCUCCAGCCCCAGAGUGCGAGCCCUGUAAUCAUCCUUCUGCAGUAACUAACACAUUAAACAUUGCAGCGACUACAAGCAUACUUGCCAGAAAUGAUGCCCAUCCAUCAGCUGUUGUUUGUGAUCAGGCUCCUACCAGUUGUGAUCCAAAAAGAGGAAAGAGGAAAAUAGCUUCCCAGCAGCCAAGUAGGGGGACAUUGGAAUCUCUGACACAUCAAGGGACUGAUGUCUUAGGCAGUAUUACUGGGCAUCAGACAAAAUCUUAUCCUAAAAAAACAGCUUUUACUGUUCGACGUGCUAAUGACAGCCACAGCUCCUCCCACUCUGAACGUGGCCGUCAACAUAUUAUUAAAAAGCCUGUAAACUCCAGCACAGCUCCUAGAAAGAAAUGUAUGCAGAUAAAGGAUCUGAUAUUACUCGGAAGAAUUAAUCCAGGAAAAAACAUUCUAGAAUUCAAAACACAGGCUGUGCAGCUAAAUGGUGUUUCUGACAUUCCUGCACUGGGGACAGAUUCACAACUAAGGCAGAAGACAAUAGAGAUUGACUACAUACUUCAUGGACACAAAUCGAGGGAAAUGCUGGUAAAUACAGGAAUUCGGCAACACUUUGUCUCUUGGCAUCUGUACUUGGAAAAACAAUGA